AUGGCCGGGAGCUUCUUCAAAGGACGCUUCCUCUCCUUAUUCGAUUAUAAAACGGAAAAAUACAUUAUUGCCAAAAAUAAAAAGGUUGGAGUUUUGUACCGACUUAUUCAGUUAUCUAUCAUUGGCUACAUUAUAGGCUGGGUUUUUGUAAGCAAGAAAGGCUACCAGGAAACAGACACUGCCAUCCAGAGCUCUGUGGUUACUAAACUGAAAGGAGUUUCGGUGACUAACACCUCGGAGUCUGGUCGGCUGGUGUGGGGGCCGGAGGACUACGUCAUCCCACCCCAGGGUGAAGCGGUUCUGUUUGUUGUCACCAAUUUCUUAGAGACGCCAAACCAGAAGCUGGGUUACUGCGCUGAGAGCCCAAAAGUGCUGGAUGGUCACUGCAGAGACGACGAGGACUGUGAAGAGGAGAAGAUGGUAAUAGCUGGUAACGGAAUUAAGAGUGGACGAUGCUUAAGAAAAGAUGAAAACUCCACUGGUACCUGUGAAAUAUACGGCUGGUGUCCCAUUGAAAGAAAAUUCAAACCGCGUAAACCUCUGCUGUUAAAUGCUGAAAACUUCACCAUCUACAUCAAGAAUUUCAUCUUAUUUCCCAAAUUCCAAUUUUCAAAGUCCAACGUGCUCGAAACGAGUGACGACUCCUUUUUGAAAAAAUGCAGAUUUGAUGAGCAGCUCUACCCUUACUGCCCCAUCUUUCGCCUGGGGGACAUCACCAGGAGAGCUGGAUACAACUUCCAGGAGAUGGCCACAUUUGGUGGCUCCAUUGGCAUUUUGAUAGAGUGGGACUGUGACCUUGACAAAGGCUACUCUAACUGUAAUCCACAUUACCAUUUCACACGUCUGGACGUCUCCAACAACUCAAUCUCAACUGGAUUUAACUUCAGACACACUCGUUAUUUCAAAAAUGCUGCCGGUGAGAGCUAUCGAUCUCUAUUCAAAGUCUACGGUGUCAGAUUUAACAUUAUGGUCCACGGAAAGGCGGGGAUGUUCAGCAUUAUCCCAACAGCCAUCAACGUGGGUUCGGGACUGGCUUUAAUGGGAGCUGGAGCUUUCUUCUGUGACAUGAUCCUCCUCUACCUGAUGAAGAAGAGCGACUCUUAUCGAGAAAGGAAAUUUGAAGGACCAAAGUAGGAAAAGCAACACAUGGGUUGA